AUGACAGAAUCAUACGAUCCCCAUGAACGACCCGGUAGCCCUGGGUUGCUGCCCACGCGUAUCAGCUACGAGCUAAAGGAGUCACCGCCUCCUUUCGACACCGGAGAUCAAUCGCCCAAGGGCAAUGCUCCGAAAUACGAUGCUGAGGCAACGUGUCUUCCGGGCAGUUCCCACCCUAAUCGACCUGACCUAGCCGCCUACGCGGAUGAACAUCCUUUCAAUGCUGGUAUUCCAGUGGAGGAUAGCUUCCAGGAGCUUCCUAAAUUUAAGUUCAACCCGGACAAAUCUCUUCCGGAGCGCGUGGCAAUAGAAGCCCUCGGCCUGAUCAGCCCGAGUGAGCCGAAGGAAGAGGGAGAACCCUCGGGGGCCCCCAAGAUUGCUCCAGCAGCCCCCAAGGAGUCACUCCGACCGUCUGUCGCAGUGGGAGAGCCUCCGCUCAAGGAAGAAUCCCAACAACAGCAAAAUCAACAGCAACAGCAACAGCAGCAGCACACCCCGCCUAGUCUUCCCCCUCCGAGACAGGAGAGGAAAUUAUCUGAUCCGGAAUCCCGCUUGAGCAAAUUGCUGAUCAUCAACCCGUCGGAGGCCCAGCUCCCCGCUCUCCACUCGUCAGCAACGGCGAACUCGGUGGAUCAUAGCUUGCCCUCUCUUCAAACGGCGUUGGCGGGGGUGACCGAUGUACCACCGCCCCAUGGCGGUCCUGGCCGUUUGAACGGCUCAUCUUACGGCGCUCUGCCUUCAGUCUCAGCUGCGUCUCCCCCGGUAUCAAGAACAGACCCGGUGUGGGAUCACCAACGUUUGGGCCAAUUUCCCCCUCCGUCCCAAGUUCCGCCCAGCCCCUACUCGCACUUGUCACCUGCCAGUUCCAAAGACAUGUCCGCCAUGUCUUCGCCAGCGUCGCAGCAGUCUUACUGGCGGCCGCCGAUGAAGGCGGACAUCACUUAUCUUACCUCAACGUAUGAGGCCGCACCUCCGACGGCCAAGAGCCCGGCAACCAGCUAUCCCACUCCAACAGACCAGACUCCUGCCUCAACCUGCGAUCGGUCGUAUAAUCCCCCCACGCACGUCAAUGGAGCGGUUUCCGCUGGGGCGUAUAAGUGUCGCCAUCCUGGCUGCACUGCAGCUCCUUUCCAGACUCAAUACCUUCUGAACUCCCAUGCGAAUGUUCAUUCUCAGGACCGUCCGCAUUUCUGCCCCAUCGAUGGUUGUCCUCGUGGGCCCGGAGGAAAGGGUUUCAAGCGUAAGAACGAGAUGAUCCGACAUGGCCUCGUCCAUAACUCGCCUGGAUACGUAUGUCCUUUCUGCCCGGAUCAACAACACAAAUACCCUCGGCCGGACAAUCUUCAACGACAUGUCAGGGUUCACCACGUCGACAAAAGUCGAGACGACCCCGCCCUCAGGCAGGUCCUGGCUCAACGACCGGAGGGCAGCACGCGUGGCCGGCGCCGUCGGACCAAUAUUCAAUAGGCCGCACAACUUACCGAUACCAUCAUCAUCAGCUCAGCGAUAUGCUCCAAAAGUGCAGGUUACCAUUAUACGAUAUUGCAUUAGCGACAGCGUCCGUCCGCGUUGAUUUAUCCUCGGGAUCAAGAACUGGCUUUCUCAUCAAGUGUUCAUAUAGCCUUGAGAGGAUGACGCAGUCAAUUCUUUCCCCAUCAUCAUCGAUCAUCAUGGCAUUCAUGUAAACUGAUUGCACAUGCAUUAUGAACCAACCCACCAUCAACUAUCAACUAUCAUCCCAGCAACCCCGAUUUACAUCUAUUCAACUACCCACUUCGUUUCAGUGAUACCAGAUGUUGUUAGAGCCAUGAUCCCUUUUCUAUUUUUUUGUCUCUGAUCUCUUAUACCUAUAUUCGUAUUCUGUCAUUC